UGUGACCCGGGGUGUACUGGGGAGGAACGGACGGGUGUCCCGUGAUCAAAAACACUUGGAUUUUUUUAUUUUUUUCCCCUCUCUUUCUCUUGCGGUGGGAUUCGAUGGAAUUAGACAGCAUUUUAGCCUCCUGCCAUCAUCUUGUUUGUGUGCAAAUCGACAUCGGAAAGCAUAGGGGACCGGGAGAAACAGAGAGAGGGAAAAUAAACAGCUCUGACAGCAGUGAUAAUAACGGCAACGAUCCUAAUUAGCCCGUGGUAUCGCUGCGUUUUGCAAUCAGGCUGGAGCUGGCAGGAAGGACGCUGUGCCCUAAUGGCUACACUUCUCUUCGUUCAAAGGCAGGCAAACAGCAACUAGAGCAACAAAAUAAAAAAUAUGUAUAUAAAUCCAAACCAGCAGAGACCCGAGUCAAUGGGAGAUCGAGAAGGAAUGUUUUGUGGACCGGGGAUAUUUAAGCAGUAGGGGAGAAAACAAAAAAAUGUGCGCUCCAUCCUCACUGCUGCGGAGGUCUCCAGCCCAGCGCAGGAUCCUAGCUGUCAGCCUCUGCGGGGAUUGAUCUUUGCACAGAGAGACACGUCAGGAUGCCGGGACCCCGUCUUCUCGCCCUAUGACAUACUCCUACUCCUCCAACCUGCCCCAGGUCCAACCCGUGAGAGAAGUGACCUUCAGGGAAUAUGCCAUUGAUCCCUCCAGUAAAUGGCACCCCCGGAACAACCUGCCCCACUGCUACUCCGCAGAGGAGAUCAUGCACAGAGACUGCUUGCCUUCCACCACCACCGCCAGCAUGGGCGAGGUGUUCGGCAAAAGCACCGCGAACGUCUACCACCACCCCAGCGCCAACGUCUCCUCCAAUUUCUAUAGCACGGUGGGCAGGAACGGGGUCCUGCCGCAGGCUUUCGACCAGUUUUUCGAGACGGCGUACGGCACGGCGGAGAACCCGUCCUCCGCGGACUAUCCGCCGGACAAGAGCGGCGAGAAGGCGCCCACGGCCGCCGGGGCGACGGCGGCAACUUCAAGUUCGGAGGGCGGCUGCGGCGGGGCGGCGGCGGCGGGGAAGGAGAGGCGGAGGCGGCCGGAGAGCGGCAGCAGCCCCGAGUCAUCUUCCGGCAACAAUGAGGAGAAAUCCGGCAGCUCCAGUGGACAACGGACCCGUAAAAAGAGAUGCCCCUACACCAAAUAUCAGAUUAGAGAGCUAGAAAGGGAAUUCUUCUUCAGUGUCUACAUAAACAAAGAGAAACGCCUCCAGCUCUCCCGAAUGCUCAAUCUGACCGACCGCCAAGUAAAAAUAUGGUUUCAAAACAGAAGAAUGAAAGAAAAAAAAAUUAACAGGGACCGAUUACAAUAUUACUCAGCUAAUCCACUACUCUAAAACUCGUAGCGUUUUUCAAGACGAGAUUAAAUUCAGAUUUUGCCCUUGACAAGGUCAAGCCACGAGGUUACGUGGAGGAAGGAGGUGUGUAUCUGACGGGACUCGAAGAACCCGAGGUUUUCCAUACAUGUAAAUCUGCUCUGGACCUUCCAUGAUGGUUUAUUGUUUUGUCUAUAUAUUUACGUUCCAACUGGAAUCGGUUUGAUUUUGCCACACGUGGCGUCCAUCCAUUUCCACCGCGCGCGUCACCUCCGAGCGCCCGGCCCACGCCUCUCACCUUCCCGCACCGCGUUGGGCAGAUCCGGGAGGGGACAGGGCUGUCCCCGUGUCCCGCUGCCCCCUCGGAGCGUGGCGUGGGCACCGGCACAGCGAGCGGCCGCAGCCAGGACGCAAACUUUGGGAAAUGAUCUCUCGUCCUUCCCGGAAGGAAAAUGUCUGUGGUUGAGGCAGUGCGCCAUUGCCCAUGGGUUUGA